AUGGGUGCCAAAAUGCCCUCAGAUCGACGUGCGAUCUCUACAAAGAUCAACCGACACAUGUGGGCCAAGUUGGCCUCCGCAACCCGCAGCAGCAGCUACAUUGAUAGCGCCAAUAUUGCCGCUUUUGCUCUCAUGGAACAUGUCUGGUCAGUGCUGUAUGGCCGCAUUCUCGGACAUCUUCCAGAGUAUGGCAGCCGCCCGCCAAACCUUGUUGACGUGACGGCGCACGCGACGCGCCUGUCUCAGCUGGUCGCCGGAACCCUGUGUGUCUUUUACAAAGAUUGCUCCCCAACCGUCUAUAGGUCGCUUGCGGCCAAGCUAGAACAGAUGUUCCUCUGCGCGUACCAUCUUCGGUCGAUGCUGGUGGCCCAGCGGAACUACAAGUUCAAAGUGUUCAGUCCCCACAAGGACGUCUCUCGGCGUGUUCUGUUCAGUGCUCUGCAGUCCACGGCUCAUUUACACCACACGCGCAAUCCGCAAUGGCUCAAUGGCAGCAAUGACAUCAGAGGAGAGUUUGUGCUUUUCGGGGGCCUCCAUCGGCUACACGGACAAAAAUAUUGUCAGGCAUCUGCCAAGGUUCUUGAGAUCAAGGCUGUUGUGACUGGCGUUCGCACUGAUGAGUAUCAAGGCCGGCCUUGGUACAAGUUGGACGAACAUGCCCUCGGCGCCAGAAUCAAGGGCCUGGAAGCAUCCGAAGGCUGUGAGGAGUCUCUGCGUGAGCCUGUUAAGAAGUGGCGGCGCAGGAUGUCACAGAAUGUCUCGAAAAUCCAUUAG